AUGGCUUCCCAGGAACAGAUUAAUACUGCCGAAGGAAAAGAAAUUUUCACUUCUUAUGAUGAAGUCUGUGACAGUUUUGAAUUGAUGGGAUUGCAAGAAAAUCUUCUUAGAGGGAUUUAUGCUUAUGGUUUCGAGAAGCCUUCUGCCAUUCAACAGAAGGGAAUCUUUCCCUUCAUCAAGGGUUUUGAUGUAAUUCAAGAGGCACCAUCUGGAACCGGUAAGAAAGCAACACUCUGUGUCGGAAUCCUUAAUCAGCUCGACUACGACCUCGCUGAGAACUGUCAGGCUGUGGUUCUUGCUCCGACUCGCGAGCUCGCCGAGAAAAUCGAGAAGGUAAUGCUUUCCCUAGGCUGUUACCUCGGAGUUAGGGGUCAUUCUUGCGUUGGAGGCACAAGGGUUGUUGAGAGCCAGCAAAUCCUCUCCCGCGGGGUUCAUGUCGUGGUUGGUACCCCUGGCCGGGUACUCGAGAUGUUGAGGAGACGUUAUCUUUACCCCGAUUACGUCAAGAUGUACGUGCUUUAUGAUACUGAUGAAAUGAUGUCAAGAGGGUUCCUUGGUGAGAUUUACGACAUCUUCAAUCUUUUGCCACCAAAGAUUCAGGUCGGAGUGUUUUCGUCGACAAUAUUGCCACCUGAAAAACUCGAAUUGACAAGAAAAUUAAUGUGUAACCCUCGCAGGAUCCUGAUUGAGCGCGACGAGUUUGCUUUUGAGGACAUUAAGAUAUUUCAUGUCAUGGUUGAGAAAGAAGAAUGGAAGUUUAAAACCCUUUGCGACCUUUAUGGGAGCUGCGACAUCAACCAGUGCGCCAUCUUUGUUAACACGGGGCGAAAGGUCAAUUCGCUGGCGAAGAAAAUGCGGAACCUAGACCUCACUGUCUCAGCGGUCGCCCGUGAAACAAACAUGUAUCCUAACGCGAGGGACGUUCUCAGCAUCCGAGAAUUCAGCGAGGGUUUCUCCUCGGUGUUGAUCACGACAGACCUCCUCGCUCGUGGUAUCGAUCCCCAGCAAGUCUCGCUGGUGAUAAACUAUGAUCUUCCCACUCAGCCGGAGAACUACCUUCAUUGUAUUCGUCAAAGUGGCGGUUUCGGAAGAAAGGGUGUUGCCAUUAUCUUUGUCACUCGUGAAGAAGACAUCAUGUUCUUUGAGCUUCAGAAAUUUUAUAAUUGCGUAAUCGAGGAGCUGCCAGCCAACUUAGUUGAUCUCAUUUGA